CAAAAAAAAAACUAAAUUUCAAUUCUCACCAGAAAAAAAGGUCAUCUUCGGUGGGGACCAUUGAAAACCAAGAAAAAAAAAGACAAAGAAAUCCAUGUUAUUUUAUCCAAAGUUUGUUAUCAUCAAGUUGGAAUCAUUUACAGCAUUAAAAACACAGAGAGAGAAAACAACAACAACAGCAAACAAAUCAAAAAAAAGGAUGCGUUUCCAAACGUUUUUCAUUCUAGCAUCAAUUAUUUUCUAUUCAUCAUGUAAGAUUGGCGAAGCAAAUCUUUGGUUUCUUAGCCGUUUAUUGAUUGUCGAUCCAAAUCGAAUAUGUAGCAAAGUAAAUAGGUUACGUUCAAGACAGGUUUACAUAUGUAAACGUGAACCAACAAUCAUAUCACAAAUCAUUAAUGGUUCAAUUGAAUCUGUACGUGAAUGUCACUAUCAGUUUGCUGAUCGUAAAUGGAAUUGUCCAACGAAAAAUAAACGAUCAAUGAGAAAAUUACUUGGUAAAGAUACAAGAGAAACUGGAUUUGUUCAUGCCAUGACAUCGGCGGCUAUUGUUCAUAAAAUUGCUACCGGUUGUGCACAAGGUACCAUUAUGGAUUGUUAUUGUGAUGUAAAAGCCAAACCAUAUAGAACUUUACAUCCAAAUUUUUUAUUUGCAGAAAAUUACUGCAAUAAUUAUAUAAGCUAUGCUUAUCGUAAAUCAAAAGAAUUUUUGGAUGAAAAUCUAUGGAAACGUGGUAAUGAUUUUAAGAAUCAAAUUCUAUUACACAAUUACGAAGCAGGACGCUUGUCUGUUAAAAAUUAUCUGGAACAUAAAUGUAAAUGUCAUGGUAUGAGUGGUUCGUGUACAACAAAAACCUGUUGGAGACAAUUACCGAAUCUAAGAAGUGUAUCCAAUCGACUUAAAUAUAAAUUUGAUCUCGCCGUACAAGUGAUAUCGGAUAAUACGGGCAAACGUUUCCUACCAGAAGAUCAUCAUUCUCGUUGGCCUAAUCCCGAAGAUAUUGUUUAUUCAGAGAGUUCACCAAAUUUCUGUAAUGUUGAUCGUCAAACCGGUUCAUUAGGUACACGUGGCCGUGAAUGUACAAAUAGUACCGGAACCGGUGGUUGCGAUAUGUUAUGUUGUGGCCGUGGUUUUCGUACCAUAAUGAAACAGGAAAAUUGCCGUUGCAAAUUCAAUUGGUGUUGUCAUGUUGUUUGUGAAACAUGUCGUCGUCCGAUACAGGUUUGUCUUUGAGCAAAAAAAAAAAAAAACAACAACAACAACGAAAUAAAAACGCACAAAAGUUUUUUUUAUUACAAUUUUCAAUCUCUCGACAAUUCAACAAAUGAUUUGCAUCAAUAUGCAUUUUUUUCCCCACUUGCAAUUUGUCACAAUUAUUUAUUCGUUAUCUCUAAUAUCUGUUGUAAAUAAAUUUUUUCCACAAUUUU